AUCUCCAAGCUGUGGAUUAUAAGUCAACAGGUGAAGAGCGAAAAAGGAUUGAGGCAGAAGCAGCAGCAGCAGCUAGAGCAGUGUGUUUGGAGAGAUCGUGAUGGUGGAACUAUGGUGGGGUUUAUUAGGGGCUGCCAUACCGGCUGUAAUUGCAGGGCAAGGGCUGAGGAUGAAGAGAAGGCGUGACGAGGAGCAGAGGUUGAAGAGUGCGAGAGGGAGGGAGAAGAGCUCCGACGACAUUUUUGUAUGUGAGAGGGUUUGCACAUCAAAGAGAAUGCUGAAGAAGGUUGGUGCUUUCUCCAAAGACCCAACUCCAGAUACCUGUGUUACUGUAUGCGGUGUGUCUGAGCUUGACGCCUGCACAGAUGCUUGUGCCCGCACUGUCUGCGUUAAUCAACACCAAGUGCCCGAUUGGAACGAUAUUUGCCUUCGUAGAUGCCAAAAUGAAUGCCUAAAGCUUUCCUCUUCUUCGGCUUCUUCUUCUUCAUUGUCGUCUUGAUUAUCUUUUUUUCCUCUUCUUUUUGAUUAAUUAAUUUAAAAUGGUGCUAUAUCCAUUUUUGAAAUGAUCGAAACAAGAACUCUUUCUUUGUCUCAUAAAAUUCAUGUGAUCGACGAGAUUGGAAAUGGAUAUUGACCUUUGUUGUUG